AUGGCCAGCAGUUACCACUACCGUAUGGAGCACUAUACGCAGCUCCAGUCCUGUUUUCGGACCGUUACCCCUUCCUCUAAUAGGGACACACUUCGCAACCUAAAAGAUGCGAAGUGGUUCACUAAGGUCGACGUGGUACAAGCGUUCCAUAAAGUACGGGUUGCAGAAGGAGACGAGUGGAAGACAGCGUUCCGCACCCGGUACGGUCUCUUCGAAUGGAUGGUUACCCCGUUCGGGCUAAGUGGCGCGCCAGCAACCUUCCAGCGGUAUAUUAACGGUAUCCUACGAGACUACCUCGACGAGUUCGCCUCUGCUUAUAUGGACGAUAUACUUAUCUAUUCGAGCGGGAGCAGAGAGACCAUUUCCGGAAGACCGGAGAAAUGCGAAUUUGGAGUCAAGCGGAUUAAGUACCUAGGAUUCAUUAUUCACGCAGGAAUUGGCAUUCAGGCAGAUCCCGACAAGAUACGAGCAAUAACACUAAAGACGCUAUUUACGAACGCCCCUAUUCUUACUCAAUGGGAUUUCGAGAGGCCAACCUUCGUAGAAGCAGACUGCCGAAGACAGCACAUUACGUCUUCAUCGCUUCGACUGGGAAGCGUCGUCCGACAUCUGAGGAAGGAGCACAAAGUCGUGCCACCUUCUAGACAACGUGCAGGCUCAGUUACCGGGAGUGGAGGUGCAGAACGGAACCUGCUUGAUAUGCUUCGCGCCGAUCCGACGAACCCUCGAGAUCAGACUCUUCUCAGCAAUCUGCAUACGUUAUUCGAUCCGAAGAUGAAUCAACUGCUCCUGCUCGACUGGCUUACAUAUCAUAACCUCCCCUUUAAUGUCGUAAACUCUGAGCGCUUCAGACGACUCCUUCUCUACAACAACCCGGCUCUCCAGGAAGGCCAGAUACCAACUGGCAAAACGCUUGUGAAUCUGCUACUAGAUGAGUAUAAUCGCGCUCUUGCGCUUGCAGAUGAAGUUGCAGAUACAAUAUGCGCGUUUGGUCUUGAAGACAGAAUCGGGUACUACACGCUUGACAACGCUACGAAUAAUGAUACGGCUGUGGAAGCGCUUGCCGCUGAGUUCGAUUUCGACAGGGAAGAGCGUCGCAUCCGCUGCGCCCCUCAUUUUCUGAACCUGGCCGACUUUGUGGCUGAAGAGGAAGAGCAGCGCCAGUUGUCCGACGCUAUCAAUGAGCUGGCGACCGACGACGACUUCUGUGUGCCGAGCAUGGAAGAAGGAUUCGAGGUUGAAACAGUCCCAGAAGGCAGUCAGGAUCAGGACGUACUGCCCGACAUCAUCAAUGGCGAAGAAGUGGACAAGUACCGCAAGUUUGGGCCAUUUGGCAAACUUCACAAUAUUGGCAUUGCUCUUCGAACGAGCAGUCAACUUCUCGAGGUCUUUUACGAAGCUCAACGGCAAACCGCUCCUACUGAACCUAUUCUUACGUGGGUUCAAAACGUCUGCACUCGCUGGAUGUUUUCCAUCAUCGAGGAACGAUGGCUUGGCAAAGGCGGCAAAGAACAGGACAAACCAGCGAUACUGAAAGAACAACUUUCCCUUGAAGAAUGGAAGGUCGUUGUUGCGGUUCAGAAGAUCCUUCAGCCAUUCAAGAUCGCCUCGAAGCAACUCCAGGGCGAGGGUAUUGCUGGUAAACGCUCCACGUCAGGAGGGUUCGAUGAGUACUUCCGGUGGUAG